AUGCGGGAACGGGGUCCUUGCAUUUGUGGAGUAGGUGUGUGGAGUCUACUGCUGUCCCUCUGUCUGGCCUCCCUGACACAUGCACACAGGAGCCACACAGUGCAUGUGAAGGCAGGGACGUGUGAGGUGAUCGCCGCCCAUCGCUGCUGCAACAAGAACAAGAUUGAGGAGAGAUCUCAGACUGUCAAAUGUUCCUGCUUCCCUGGACAGGUUGCUGGCACCACUCGGGCCAUGCCCUCCUGUGUUGAUGCAUCCAUUGUAGCCCAGAAGUGGUGGUGUCAGAUGCAGCCAUGUAUGGAAGGUGAGGAGUGUAAGGUUCUCCCAGACCUCACAGGAUGGAGCUGCAGCACAGGCAACAAAGUCAAGACCACAAAGGUGACCCGAUAGUCCAGUCCGUCUCAAAAAGAGAACGAGAAGAUGGUGGUGGAGGUACUUACACAGCACAAUGGACCUUAUCAGUGGUGAAGAAAUGCACUCAGAUGGACUUCGAUGAGGAACCAGUAAUUGUUUCAUUUUUGUGACGAUAUCCAAGAAAUGGCGGCCGAAGAGACAGGACUCUAACACUGCCUGCCAUCACCUUUAAAGACA